UAGUUGUUACGAACAAGCCACUGGAAGGAAGUCUGCCAGAGACAUUCUGACAAGUGUGUACUAGUAGUGUGUGGCCAGUAUCGUCGUCUCGCAUAAGCCAAAACCUUUGAAAUGCGCUUCUUUGUGGUUCUAGCCACCUGCCUUGCCGUAGCGUCGGCCGAUAUCGGGCUCAAGCUGCGCCAGGGAGCAGCGGCCGGUAGCAGUAGCUACGCCGGUAGCCAAGGCGCAGUGAGCAUCGAUUACUCACCCACCGUCUUCGAAGAUACGGUCGUCGAUGGAGCUGCAUCCGGUGCCAGUGCUGGCUCAUACGCUGGAGCCGGCUCGUAUGGCGGCGCUUCCUCCGGAGCGUCCAGCAAUGCCUACGCAGGCGCUGCCAGCGGUGCUCAAUACAACCAGGCGGGACUUUUUGGCGGUGCUGGUGCAUCUGCCGAUUCGUCUGCAUCGGCCGGCUCAUUCGGUGGGGCCGGUUCAUUCGCAGGAACUAACGCUAACAGCUUCGCCAGUAGUGGCGCGUUCGGCUCGUCUUCGGCCGGUGCAUCCGCCUUUGCCCAAGCCAAGACGGAGGUCCGCUAUGAAGCCCCGGUGAUCAAGAAGAACUUCUACUACCACGUAGCGCAGGACGAUGCGAUUGCUGAAACCGAAACCAAAACCCUCACCAUCACGCCUCGCAAGCAUUACAAGGUCAUCUUCAUCAAGGCCCCGUCUGCCAGCGCCAACGCCGGUGCAUCGUCCAAGGCAGCCAGCCAAACGGAAGAGAAGACGAUCGUCUACGUGCUCGUCAACAAGCCGGCUAAGGCAAACGCCGCUAGUGAGGCCGAGGCAGGCUCUUACUCCUCUGGUAAGCCGGAGGUGUACUUCGUCAAGUACCAGGGUGCUCAGGCUACCUCUAGUUCAAGCUCUAAAUCGCAAUCGGAUGGAGCGAUUGGCAUCAGCGAUGCUGUCGCUGGUGCAAAUGCUAUCUCUGGCGCUGGAGCCAAUGCUAUCUCUGGCGCUGGAGCCAAUGCUUACUCUGGCGCUGGUGCCAAUGCUUACUCUGGCGCUGGUGCCAAUGCGUACUCUGGCGCUGGUGCUGGAUCCCGUGGUGCCGGUAUCAUCACUGGUGCAAAUUCACUCGCUAAUGCUGGUGCAUUGGCCGGAAACAGCGGAUACAACUCUGUCGGAGCUUCUGCCCAAGCUGCUGCCCAAUCCACUGCCGGAGGACUGGCAUUUACGCCCUAG